AGGGUCACGCACAGCGACGCAGAGCUUGCCGGGAGCUUGGUGCACAAUGGCGACACCCAGUCUCCGGGGCCGCCUACCGCGGCUUGGGAACCCGCGAAAGCCUGUACUGAAGCCCAACAAACCCCUCAUACUAGCCGACCACGUGGGAGAGCGGCGCCGGGAAAAGGGCGAGGCGACUUGCAUCACGGAGAUGUCGGUGAUGAUGGCUUGUUGGAAACAGAAUGAAUUUCGCGACGACGCGUGCAAAAAAGAGAUCCAGAGCUUCUUCGAUUGUGCUUCAAGGGCUCAGGAAGACCGAAAGAUGAGAUCAAUCCAGGAGACUCUGGGAGAGUCUGGAAUUUUACCUCCUAAGAAAUUGAAUAAGUUGUUAAAGAGGUUUCCUAACAAACCUCACAUCAGUUGAAAAUGGAGACAAAUUUUCAAUGACUGGACUAUAGAGAAUUCUGCAGAACAUUUCAGAGAUGUUCGCACUGCUGUGCCCUCUGUGAAGGGUAGAAUGAGGCAAUGUUUUCACAGUUUAGUACUGUGGUCUGGGUAGAAGUAAGCUUUAUCUUUAUUUUGAAAUAAAAUCCUCUGAAUUGAACAUGG